GUCGUUCGUAUUUCCGGCCCACGGCGCGCGUUCUGGGGACCAGAUAAAACCAUGGCGGUAGGAGGUACUGACAUUCGCGCCGUAGAUGUGGAAGAGGAUGCAUCUCAGCUUGUUUUUCCCAAGGAAUUUGAAACUGCUGAAACACUUCUAAAUUCAGAAGUGCACAUGCUUCUGGAACAUCGGAAACAGCAGAAUGAGAGUGUAGAAGAUGAGCAAGAACUUUCUGAACUGUUUAUGAAAACUUUGAAUUAUACAGGACGCUUCAGCCGCUUCAAAAACCGGGAGACAAUUGCUAGUGUCCGCAGCUUAUUGCUCCAGAAGAAACUCCAUAAAUUUGAACUAGCAUGUUUAGCUAAUCUGGGUCCUGAAACAGCUGAAGAGGCCAAAGCUUUAAUUCCCAGCUUAGAGGGUCGGUUUGAAGAUGAAGAGUUGCAGCAAAUUCUUGAUGACAUACAGACCAAACGAAGCUUUCAAUAUUAAAAUAAAUUUCCAGAUUCUUCUGAACUGGGUGGAAUGGGAUGCGGUGGGGAAGGGAAUUGAGGAUCUCAUUCUUGUUUCUUUGUAGUCCUUUUGAGGUCAACACAUAUUAAUAUAGUAUUUUGUAUUCUGACCAAGUUAUGUUUCCCAGUUUUAUGAACUUUUUAAAUAUGAAGAAUUUAAACAUAAACAUUUUUGGAGGUGCAAAUAAUAUUUUUGGGUCCAAUAAUACUAAUUUGAAUAUGUCAUGUAGGAUAAAUAUUACUAUAUUUAAUUCAUAUUGCUGUUUGAGAAUUGUAGUAGUACAGUAGAAUCAAGACAAACCUAUGGGGUUUUAUUGUGCUUCUUCAGACUCAGUUUUCUCCUUCAAAAAUAAUUGCAAAUUAAACUAAGCUAUUUUUAACUAA